AUGAAGAAGAGGAAGAAGAGGAGCCGCAAGCUCGAUCGAGUGAGGCGAAACCCCAGUCGAGUGGAGUGCCCUGACGGCCGUCUACCAUCUCCAGACCACGACUUUGCCUCCCAGUCUUUUGGAGCAUUCUGGAGCAUAUGGGACGAGGAGCAUGGAGGGACUUGGCACAUGGACGCAGCUCAACUGGAUACGCAAAGGAAGAAGGGAGAAGCCAUCUUGAAGACCAGCUCGACCACUACUCGACCAACCGGUCGAGUUCCUCAACUCGACCGGCCAAGCUUCAACUCGAUCGAGCUGAGAAGUCAACAGUCAAACCCGAAAAAUGUUGCUUCCCCCUUGACUUUCCUUUGA